GUAGACUCGUACCUCUCUCUCUCUCUCUCUCUCCUUCAAGACUCCUCUACUGAAAUUAUUACUCCGGAUAUGCUGAAUUGCUGAUGAUCCAAAGCUGAAAGCCACAAAUCAAGCACAAUUCUCGUAGUUCUCUUCCCCCACGCAAGUAUAGUAAAGGGACAUUAGCAGGGGCUGCUUCAACAAACUGAAAACAUCAUUUCCCAAGAACUAUAAAUGGAUCCAAAAACUACUCUUGAGGAAGGAGAAAGUAGAGACGGCGUUGAAUUGGCAAGAUCUGUUUCUGACAAGCAUUUUGAUCUUUUGAGGCCAUCAUCUCGGUAUUAUUCAUUGUUUAAAGGGCAAGGAGCAAAAGGGGAUGACCGUAACAAGGGAAAGUACAGUCCGUUAAGAAGUGUCGAAGACGGUCAAGCAAGUUUAUAUGAUAGACCUCUUCCUUGCUUUGGUUGUGGGAUUGGAUGGUUUUCAUUUCUUUCUGGAAUUGUAUGCCCAAUUAUGUGGUACUAUGCUGCAAUACUGUAUCUUGGCAAUUACUACCGGAAGGAUCCCAGAGAACGUGCAGGACUGGCUGCAUCUGCAAUUGCGGCAAUGGCAUGUUCUGUAGUGCUGUUGAUUGUUGUUGUGAUUCUGCUACUGUAACUUUAUCCCUACUAGAGCUGUACUGUCAUGGGGUUGAAGAACACUCUUUACAAGUAUGAUCCUCCAGUUUGGUGAAUUGUGUGCCUGAAUGAUCUAUACAGAGAGAGAGAGAGAGAGAGAGAGAGAGAGAGAGAGAGAGAGAGAGAGAGAGAGAGACAUCAUCCAAUUGUAUGUAUAUGCGUGCUUAUAGUAGUUGUAUAUGUUUGUUUAUACAACACACUCAUGAAUGAUGUAGAUUCCUUCACUGCUUCAAUAAAAAUAGAGUCAUCCCUUUUAGAGUCAUCGUC